AUGGCGCCGCCGUACAGCAGGCUGAUGGCCCGCCUCGGCCGGCGAACGAGCGACACGGCGACGCCGACGAACGUAACGCCGGCGCCCACCACCCCCUCCGCGGCAACAGAGCCGGGCCCUUCACGGCAAAGAACACAAGACCAACCCCCACCCUACUCGGCCCCCUCGAGCUCCGCGUCAGCACAAGCACAUACCCGCGCGGUGGGGCGGCGCGCGGUCGACAGGCACGUGGACGCCGAGCUUGCCGACCUGGCGGACAGCUACGCGACCGUGCUGGCCAGCGUCGAGGCGGACCGGCUGGAAGCCGACCUCGCGCUGUCGGAAGCGCUGGGCGACCUCGCUGCCGUGCGCGCGCGCCUCGCGGAUGCGCGCGAGGCGGCUGAGCGCGCCGCCGUGCUCGUCGCGAGCAGCAAGGCGGCCUUCGACGGCGAGCGGGACCGGCUGGAGCGUGUCCGGCAGAGGGGGUAUGAUGAGGUCGAGGCCGACCUCGCAUAA